AUGCGGGGCUGGCUGCUGCUGGCGGCGCUGGGCUGGCUGCUGCCGGCGGGGGCCGCGGGCAGCGGCGAGUACUGCCACGGCUGGCUGGACGGGCAGGGCGGCUGGCGGGACGGCUUCCAGUGCCCCGAGCGCUUCGACGGCGGCGACGCCACCAUCUGCUGCGGCAGCUGCGCCCUCCGGUACUGCUGCUCCAGCGCCGAGGCGCGCCUCGACCAGGGCGCCUGCGACAACGACCGGCGGCAGGGCGGCGGCGAGCCGGGCCGCCCCGGCAGGGACGGCCCCGACGGCGCGGCAGUGCCCAUCUACGUGCCGUUCCUUAUCGUGGGAUCUGUCUUUGUCGCCUUCAUCAUCCUGGGGUCCCUGGUGGCUGCUUGCUGCUGCCGAUGCCUGCGGCCCAAGCAGGAGCCCCAGCAGAGCCGAGCCCCUGCAGGCACGCGCCUGAUGGAGACCAUCCCCAUGAUCCCAAGUGCCAGCACCUCCCGCGGCUCCUCCUCCCGCCAGUCGAGCACAGCUGCCAGCUCCAGCUCCAGCGCCAACUCAGGGGCCAGAGCUCCGCCGACGAGGUCGCAGACCAACUGCUGCUUGCCAGAGGGGACCAUGAAUAACGUCUACGUCAACAUGCCCACGAACUUCUCGGUGCUGAACUGCCAGCAGGCCACGCAGAUCGUGCCGCACCAGGGCCAGUUCCUGCACCCACAGUACGUGGGCUACGCCGUGCAGCACGACGCGGUGCCGCUGACCCCAGUGCCGCCCUUCCUGGAUGGCCUGCAGGGCGGCUACAGGCAGAUCCAGGCUCCCUACCCACACGCCAACAGCGAGCAGAAGAUGUACCCGGCCGUGACUGUGUAGGGCUGCCGCCUUGCCAUCCCCACCCGGCCGAUUCUAAUGUGUGAACUGAACAGAGGAGAGAGACUUCCUUGGAACAAAGCUCCCAGAACACCACUUGUAAAUAAUUUUGAAAGGCUCAUGCAUGUCAGACAGUGUUUAUAAACCAUUUAUUUUCAUCGGGGUCUGUUGCCAGGAACUGUAAGGAUGAUAUCUCGGAAUUAAUGUUGCCAGAUACGCUCUCAUUCCAGCGCGUGAUUUACGGCGGCGAAGGAUUACGCUGGAAAUGCAUAUGUAUUUCAGAUCACUGUACUCGUGAGAUAAAUGUCGGAGCCGUUAAGUGCCCUUCAGGUAUGACAUGGUCACAAGUAUUUGCCUAAUUAAUUCUAGAAAGAGUUUUGUUACACUGUACAAGAGCGCAGUACUUCAGAAACCUCUCUGUUCCCAACUCCAUAAUGACGUUUCCCGUUGCUUUACUGACAAUCACAACUGAGAGCCGAACAGUGCAAUCCCUGUGUACAGGGAGCUGUUGCCAGCCCCCAUGGCUUCUUACACACACCAACUUUGGGGUGAACCGCCACCAGAGGCUUGGUCUUGCAAAGACCAAUUUUCUUUGUAUUAUAGGAAUUAGAAGAGUGAGUUAUUCUGCUCUUCUUUCCAGUGCACUUGAAACCCUUCUUGAUUUGGUUUUGUGUCAAGAUCAGGACCCAGCAGUGGUUUGCACAGACUUUGUCUUUGUGAACGUUGUACUAAAACCACGGUACGAGGUGCUUGCUCUUUGUGACGCUCAGCAAAGCUUUUGGUACAGCUGGCAAUGUCUGAACUGAACCUGCCUUGGCAGAGAAAGGUCAGACUGUGAUUCCAAAUACGCCUGGUUUAACCUCACUUCCCGUGAAACAGGAACGCCGUGUGAAUGUGCUCACGAAGGUGUCAGCCCCAAGGCCUGCUUGCAUUGGAGUCUGCCUGUAGGAAAGUGGACUUGAUCUUGUCCCCUGCCCUACCCUGUGGGAGUGGGAGAGUGUUACACAGAUCCCAGCUGGGAUGUGAGUGGGUUGGUGGAGGUUUCCAAAAUCCAUCUUCUUGUCCUUUACCCUUGUGGCAAGAGACUAGGGAGGCACAGCUGUAUUAAAAAGUAAGGAAAAAGCCCAACCAAAGGACAAAGGUGCUUGUGGUGUCACAGGGGUCAUGAAGAUGGUGAGAUGCAGACAGGAGGGAGACUUUACACUGGAGCUGUUGGCUCCAUCCUGCUUUGCUUCAUCUGGGGAAAACACCUCUCCAGGCUGAAGAGGCAACAAUCAGAUCAUUCUAAUUCUAUCACCCCAAAUGCAGCAAACUAAGACUGGUUUUGUCUUUAAAUAUGUAGCCUCUGGAUUUCGAUCCAUUUGCUCCUCAGCCAAAACGGUGCAACACAAGACUUGAGGCCUUGUGCAAAACCCAAGCGAUUACUGUAAGCAGACCAGUGAUGACAAAAGGUUUCUUGUUGUCUGAUACUGUAUCAAUACGUAGCAAUAACUGUGAUGCUCUGUUUUGUAUGUCUGUUUUUAAAUGACACAGACGGUGCAGAUGCCCUGCCAAACCCAAUGGUUUACUCAUAAACGCCACACACAGGCAGUCUGCAGCGGGCAGCCACGGUUUGGCCACUGAGGCGGGGAAAUGAAUAGGUGAUUUAUCCCGGAGCUGUUGUUCCUGGCUGGGAUGGCCCAGGCAGUGCGCAGGAGCUGGACAGAAAGGUUGGUGUGCCAGCCCUGCCUUCCCCUCCCGCCAGGCUGUGUCUGGGCAGGCAGCGCCGGCGGCGGGAGGUGUCGGGUGCUGCACUCCUGGUGCUCGGGGAUCUUCAGGGUGCUCCAGAGCUGGGCGCUGCCAGGCUGCUGAAGGACCCUCUGGUCUCUGGGGCUGUAGGUUUCUACCUGCCCACGUAGCGGUGGGGCCAGGCUGAGCUGGCAGCAGGCACAGCUGCCUGUGCUUCCCCAGGAGCAGGAGGUGCCUGGCCCUGGGUGAGCCCUGGCCGAGGCUGCAGGGCCAGACAAGCAGCUCCUCCUGUGCUCCUGACCGUGCCCAGCUGUGAACCACUGAGUCAGCUCCACCCCCCUGCCUGCCUUGCCCAGGCCCUGGCAAGGACACCUCCUCUGACCUACGAAAUUCAGGUGAAUCUUUGUAUAUUGUUUACUUGUUUAAAAAAAAAAAAAAGAAUAAGUUAAAUUUAAGUCUCUAGAAAUUAAUUUACAACUUGAAGGCAGAGAAACCCGAGUUCUAAUAAAAGGAAUUUUGUGAGAUGUGGUGGGUUUUUUUAAUGUCAUGUACAAUAAUGUAAAACCAAUGUUACCAUUUGAUAUAGCUUUUAAAUCUCUGAAAGAGCACUUGCUUUAAAGUGUUUCUUACAACUGAAGAAAAAAGCCCCCUUUGUUUCUUAAUAAAUACUUUAU